CUGCGGCAGCGACCGAGACGUCUGCGGUGUUUCGCGCCCCGAGGCUGCUUUUUUGCUCUGCUCCGCCGCGGGCACCUCCGCUGCCAUGAACAAGAAGAAGAAGCCGUUCCUGGGCAUGCCCGCGCCCCUCGGCUACGUGCCGGGGCUGGGCCGGGGUGCCACUGGUUUCACCACCCGGUCAGACAUUGGGCCGGCCCGGGAUGCAAAUGAUCCUGUGGAUGAUCGCCAUGCACCACCAGGCAAGAGAACAGUGGGGGACCAGAUGAAGAAAAACCAGGCUGCUGAUGAUGAUGAUGAAGAUCUGAAUGACACCAACUAUGAUGAGUUUAAUGGCUAUGCUGGGAGCCUCUUUUCCAGUGGGCCCUAUGAGAAAGAUGAUGAGGAAGCAGAUGCUAUUUAUGCAGCUCUGGAUAAAAGGAUGGAUGAAAGAAGAAAAGAAAGAAGAGAGCAAAGGGAGAAAGAAGAAAUUGAGAAGUACCGGAUGGAACGCCCUAAAAUUCAGCAGCAGUUUUCAGAUCUCAAAAGGAAGCUGGCAGAGGUCACAGAGGAAGAGUGGCUAAGCAUCCCAGAAGUUGGUGAUGCAAGAAACAAACGCCAACGGAAUCCACGUUAUGAGAAGCUGACCCCUGUUCCUGAUAGUUUCUUUGCAAAGCAUUUACAGACUGGGGAAAAUCAUACUUCUGUGGAUCCCCGGCAAACUCAAUUUGGGGGUCUGAACACGCCAUACCCAGGUGGACUGAACACGCCAUACCCAGGUGGGAUGACCCCAGGACUGAUGACGCCAGGCACAGGUGAGCUGGACAUGAGGAAGAUUGGCCAAGCAAGGAACACCCUGAUGGACAUGAGGCUGAGCCAGGUGUCUGAUUCAGUGAGUGGACAGACUGUUGUGGACCCUAAAGGCUAUCUGACGGAUCUCAACUCCAUGAUCCCCACCCAUGGCGGGGAUAUCAAUGACAUCAAGAAGGCACGACUGCUCCUCAAGUCUGUUCGGGAGACGAACCCUCAUCACCCGCCAGCCUGGAUUGCGUCAGCCCGCCUGGAGGAAGUGACUGGGAAGCUACAAGUCGCUCGGAACCUCAUCAUGAAGGGAACAGAGAUGUGCCCCAAGAGUGAAGAUGUCUGGCUAGAAGCAGCCAGGUUGCAGCCGGGGGACACAGCCAAGGCUGUGGUGGCCCAAGCUGUCCGCCAUCUCCCACAGUCUGUCAGGAUCUACAUCAGAGCUGCAGAGCUGGAAACAGACAUUCGAGCAAAGAAGCGGGUUCUUCGGAAAGCCCUUGAGCAUGUUCCAAACUCGGUUCGCUUGUGGAAAGCGGCUGUUGAACUGGAAGAGCCAGAAGAUGCUAGGAUCAUGCUCAGCCGAGCUGUAGAGUGCUGCCCCACCAGUGUGGAGCUCUGGCUUGCUCUCGCGAGGCUGGAGACUUAUGAAAAUGCCCGCAAGGUCUUAAACAAAGCACGGGAGAACAUUCCUACAGACCGGCACAUCUGGAUCACAGCUGCCAAGCUUGAGGAGGCCAAUGGGAACACACAAAUGGUGGAGAAGAUCAUCGACCGAGCCAUCACCUCACUGCGGGCCAAUGGUGUAGAGAUCAACCGUGAGCAGUGGAUUCAGGAUGCUGAGGAGUGCGACAGGGCAGGGAGCGUGGCCACCUGCCAGGCAGUCAUGCGCGCUGUGAUUGGAAUCGGGAUCGAGGAAGAAGAUCGGAAGCACACCUGGAUGGAAGACGCUGACAGUUGUGUGGCCCACAAUGCCCUGGAGUGCGCACGGGCCAUCUACGCCUACGCCCUGCAAGUGUUCCCCAGCAAAAAGAGCGUAUGGCUGCGAGCUGCAUACUUCGAGAAAAACCAUGGCACCAGGGAGUCUCUGGAGGCGCUCCUGCAGAGAGCCGUGGCCCACUGCCCCAAGGCCGAGGUACUGUGGCUUAUGGGCGCCAAGUCCAAAUGGCUGGCAGGGGAUGUGCCUGCAGCGCGGAGCAUCUUGGCCUUGGCCUUUCAGGCCAACCCCAAUAGUGAGGAGAUCUGGCUGGCGGCUGUGAAGCUGGAGUCUGAGAACAACGAGUAUGAGCGGGCCCGCAGGCUGUUGGCCAAGGCGCGGAGCAGUGCACCUACGGCCCGUGUGUUCAUGAAGUCUGUGAAGCUGGAGUGGGUGCUAGGGAACAUUGCAGCUGCCCAGGAGCUCUGUGAGGAAGCCCUGAAGCACUACGAGGACUUCCCCAAGCUGUGGAUGAUGAAAGGGCAGAUCGAGGAGCAGGGAGAGCUGAUGGAGAAGGCUCGGGAGGCCUACAACCAGGGGUUGAAAAAGUGCCCUCAUUCCACACCCCUGUGGCUCUUGCUCUCCCGGCUGGAGGAGAAGAUUGGGCAGCUGACCCGAGCUCGGGCCAUUUUGGAGAAGUCUCGCCUGAAGAACCCCAAAAAUCCUGGGCUGUGGUUGGAGUCUGUGCGGCUGGAGUAUCGAGCAGGGCUGAAGAACAUUGCCAACACACUCAUGGCCAAGGCGCUGCAGGAGUGCCCCAGUUCUGGGAUUCUGUGGUCAGAAGCCGUCUUCCUGGAGGCAAGGCCCCAGAGGAAGACCAAGAGUGUGGACGCCCUGAAGAAGUGUGAGCAUGACCCCCAUGUGCUGCUGGCUGUGGCCAAGCUCUUCUGGAGUGAGCGGAAGAUCACCAAGGCUCGGGAGUGGUUCCACCGCACGGUGAAGAUUGACUCCGACCUGGGGGACGCUUGGGCCUUCUUCUACAAGUUCGAGCUGCAGCAUGGCACUGAGGAGCAGCAGGAGGAGGUGAGGAAGCGCUGUGAAAACGCAGAGCCCCGGCAUGGGGAGCUGUGGUGCACCGUGUCCAAGGACAUCGCCAACUGGCAGAGGAAGAUUGGAGAGAUCCUGGUGCUGGUGGCUGCCCGCAUCAAGAACACCUUCUGAUGACCCAGUCUGGGGCAGGGGUGGGACCAUAGGUGGCUCAUGGAUAUACAUGGGCAGGGUUGACUCUCUGCCCAACGUUCAUUAAAGAUCUUCAUGUCGUGGGUAAGGGUGGGACCUGCUGUCUUGUGCUUUUGCAGCCCCACCAGCCUCCCACACAGGUACGGGGUGGUCCUAGUUCUUCUGGUUGGGGCAAGGCCUCUUGCAGACACCUGUAUCCUACAGAGGAAGCAUAGUGGGGUGCCAGGGCUUGUUGAGGUUUUGUGGAGAAGGUAGUGGAGUCAAGACUCUGGAAAAAGUGGAGACACUCGGUCACCAGUCUGUAGCACAGGUUGGAGGCCACAUAGGGACUGAGCUGUGAGUAGGGGAAAACACUUACAGGAGCCCCCAUGGUCACAUCCAUAUGGUCAGAGACUUUCCCAGCUGGGGCCUCCUGGAGUGCUGAGUGUACCCAGCAGAACCUGCCUGUGCCCAGGCCUCUCCGUGCUGGCCAGGCCCUGUGGAGAUGUCCCCCAUAGGAGCUUGUCUUGCUUUUGCUAGUUCAUGAUUAGCAGUUUUAUCCUGAAGCACUGUGCCUGUCCUCAUUGUUAGAUGGAAUUUUGUAUUGCAGAGACAUGACUUCUUUCAGCCUUUCUGCUCUGUGGGGAUAAAAAAAAUUCUUGGACCUUGAA